CAGCAUCAAUGUCAAAGAAGUAAAGAAAUAUUCAUUUUGUGGACUUGUUUACCGCUACACUCAAAACCUACCACCGAAAUAAUGCUUACUACACAUUCAAUUAACUCAUUCAACAGGAAACUAAACAAUUACAGAAUCCUAUCAGCGAACAACUAGCACAGAGAGUCAUCUUUCUGUCCUAAUUCGCAGAUCAUAGUCUGCAAUUAAUUGGAGUACUUUAACAGUUUCUGUUGCGGUUAAUUUGGAUUGGGCACACUUCGAGUUCGUAACCGCAGAUUCUGACUCUAAGUCCUUAUUCCUCAUGUUGACCUGAAAUGAUCUCUUAACCCUAGUAAAUGGGUAGUCCGUAGAUUAUAAUCAAGUUCCACAAGACUACAGUCACUUGAAAAUUAUAAUCCGUGUUAAUGUCAGUCUAAGGAAACGAUCAUUCACAAAAACGGACUCAAAUCAUUGUCAUCAUGUUUUGGAUCAUUAUUCAGUAUUGUUUAUAAAUGUUUCGUAAGGACCCCUUUGCUUGUGGCAACAUUCAUAGCUUGUUAAAUUGGUAUGAUGUCGCUUACUAGUUGGUAAACUCAAUUAUCUUAACUAUAAUUAUUAUCUCCAAUCAUUCUUCCGCCUCUUUAGAAAAUUACAAUUGUGUCUUACAGCAAAAAUGUCUCUAAACUUGACCCUAUUGAUCAGUUUCAACAGGUUUGCAUUACUACUUGUCAUAUUCAGAGUAGUUUUUUUGUACGUGAUUUGUUAAAAUAAAGCUGUCAAAGUCUCUCGCAAACUUACUAGAUCGUUUUAGACCUUGAACAAUCAGUGCUGUCAAUUUUACACUCGGUUAAUAACGAUGCACUUACUGUCACAAGACUAGUUUUGUGCUAUAGCACAUAUAUUUUAACUUUUUAUUAACUCGCGUACUAGGUAUUUGGCUAAGAGCCAGGCCGUGUGAGGUCUAGCGAUGCAACCUGGUCCGAUGGACUUAAGUUGUUACAAACGAGUUCAAACCUGCCACUUAUUGGCUAAAAGUCCCACACCCUAACCACUGAACCACCGCUUCAAGAACUCAAUUUCCAGUCUUUCUGCAGUUUAGAGCUACAAAGCUUUCAGUUACUCGUCCUUACUAGAUUCUGACCUAAAAGCCUACACUUAAACACUUCAGUCUCCAGUAAAUAUACUCUCAAGAAGCUAAAAAUUAGUUGUUGAUGAACUCCACUCUCAGUAGUAGUCGCUAUGUAAAUUAUUUAUUUCAAUAGCAAAUGUUUCUCAUCGACUUGAUGUUUUCGAAACCUGAUAUCCAUGCAUAUGACCGGAAACAAUAAUCGUCACAAGUAGCUCUAUGAUCUCAACUAUCGAUUGCUCGCUAAGUAACCAUCAUGGAACUGAAUAUGUCGGUUCAUUUGGUAUGCACUCCACCAAGCCAUAUCUCUGACGAACUACGUGUCAACUAGUCUUAAUUAGAUUUUGUUAGUGCUCGAGUAUCGUUAAAUUCCAUAUCCUAACAUUACAGUUAAUAUAAGGCUCAUUUUCUCCACAAAGAUGUUGGAGUUGCUUGUUGAUAAAUCGCUUCUCACUGCUCAUAUCUUACCACAUUUAGCCAACAUACCUGAUAGUUUUUAUUUUAAUACAUGAAAAAUUUACAACAGCUCGAUUUAUAUAAUUUCUGUGUUUCUAAGUUAAAAUAUUUUUCAAAAGGUUUAUGGUUUCAUUGUAUUACGUUUUUAAGGAGGAUCGUAGUAGACCAACACAUCUUAAUCUUAAACAGAUUUUAUGCCGUAAUGUGACACCAUGUAAAUCAACGUAUUAAAGCAAUUCUUAAUUUGUUGGUUAAGUACAUAAUGUUUUUAUUUUGCUCACCUAACAAGGAAUAUGACUGACUUCAUAGAAGCGGUAUCCAAUCCAUUAGCACCAGAUGUGCUUGUGGGUCAUGGCGACUUUACUAAUCACAAACUAUCUAAUAGUGAUUUUCGAAAAUUGUUAAUGACACCUAAGCCAUCAGUACAACCUUCAAAAACUGAUGAAGUACAUGAAACUGGGACCCGCAUCUCUACUCACCACUUGGAAAGAUCCGAUCGUAUACGCCAAGAUCCUAGUCAAACUACCCAUCGUAGUAAACAUAAAAUAAGUCAUAAGCGUCAUCAUGUUCGUAGCAAAAAAGACACUCAAAAACCAGAUGUUUCUGAAUCAACACAUCGUUAUCGAGAUCGUGCAAAAGAACGACGUGACGGCAAACUAGUCGCACCAACUGAGGAGGUUGAGGAAGAACGUGAAAUAGAAAAUGAUGAUGACACUUUAACUCGUACGGCUGACUAUCGUGCUGUUGCACCAUCGUCUGCUGCUGGUGCUUCGCAUGCUGAACGUCGUCGAAUGCUUAUACAGGAAUCUAAGUAUCUUGGUGGUGAUAUGGAGCAUACUCACUUGGUCAAAGGUCUUGAUUAUGUUCUAUUACAAAAAGUUCGCUUGGAAAUACAAAAUAAAGAAAUUGAAGCUGAACAAGCACUGGAUAUUGAAUUAAAUAAACCAGAUAGAAUGAAAGAAAGUGCUAAUAAUGAAGAGGGCAUACAGUUUCGUACUCAUCUAGCGGCAAAUAUAUGCAACGUUAUUUUCAAUGAACGUCUCCCAGAACGUAAUGAAUAUUUUCAACCUGGUCGCAUGGCUUAUCGUAUUGAACUGGAAGAUGAUUCGGUAGAUUUUGAAGUACCAGCUACAGUGAUUCGUAGCAAAUCUGAUUGCUUGCAAAUUGAUGGUCGUGGAACUGGUGCAAUAACUACCAAUGAAAUUGUUAUUAAUAAACUUACUCAAAUAUUAUCAUAUUUACGGGCUGGUAAACGACAUGCAAAGAAGGCUAAACUUAAAGGACGUGUUGCUGACAGGUCCGAAUUUGAUUAUGGGGAUAAUCGACAUCUUGUUCAUAAAAUAGCUAAUACUGCCAUAUUUGAAGGUAUCGGAAACGAUUACUUACCGACAACAAAGAAGCAAGGCAAAUGUAAUGAUAGGACGGAUUUACCAUAUAAUGAUUCGAGCGUGUCGAAUUCACGUAAUCGCCUACCCGCUUCUAAUACUACUACAGCUGGUAGUAAUAGUAACACCAAUGCUGAACCAAAUAGUGCACAAGCAUCAUAUUUUGAUAUUCCUGCCAACGCUGAUUCAGUCACAAAUAGUUCAAUAAGUGCUACUAAAGAAUUCUUGAAUGAAUUAAGUCAACGUUUUGAUGUUAAAGAGGAAAAUAGGCUACAGGAAAAAGCAAGUCUUGAACGAUUCUUUGCUAAAACUCAAGUCACGUGUUACGAUGAAUGUUAUCCUGGUUUCGCUGAAUCAUACGAUGCUAUGGGUGAUUCUGAUGAUGAAGCUGAUUUUAGCAAAAUGGAUUUGGGUAAUAAAAAAGGUCCAGUUGGUCGAUGGGAUUUUGAAACACAAGAAGAAUAUAGUGAUUAUAUGUCGAAUAAAGAAGCUUUGCCAAAAGCUGCAUUUCAAUAUGGUGUUAAAAUGGCUGAUGGUCGUCGUACACGUCGUAUUGGGCCGAAAGAUGAAAAAGCUGAAUUAGAUCGUCAGUUACAAAAAAUACAAUCAAUCAUACAAAAGCGUAAACAAUUAGCUGAAGAUAGUGGUCCAGUAGGGAAAAAUGUUCGAUUUUAAAAAUUGCUAUAAUAUACAUGUACAUUUAUUUAAUUUUUGGUUUUUAAUUUGAUUCCACAUGAAAUAACUUCUAGAUUCAUAUAUUUGACUUAUUUUUACCUGUCGUCCGAUUUUUUGUGAAGUAUUUUAACUAUUGAAAUCAGAUUGCCGUCAAAAUAAAUUGGAAUCAGUGCAUGGAAGGAACUACUCA